AUGACUACACUCUGGAUAUUCCUUUCUGAGUUGGACAACAGGCCAAGUAUCUUGACCCAGCACGAAUUAAGAGAGCCUACGGCGACUUUGGAGAGGCGAGGCAGCUCUUCGGCAAUGAUACUGCCAGAUCCGCCGGCAUCCCCUAUAACACCCUCAUGUGGAGGCUGGGCGUUUCAAUACCAUACCAGGCUGGGAUAUACAUUUGAAAUCGACAACGGCGUCGACUUGGUCAUGACCCAUGGCCCACCAAAAGGUAUCCUGGAUCGCACACUGUCAGGCGCCAGGGCGGGUAGCACACAUGUCUUCGAAGCCGUUUCCCGCACUCGACCACGGUUACACUGUUUCGGGCACAUUCAUGAAGCCUGGGCUGAUGUCGGUGAAGAGCGUUUAGUUUUGGUGGUAGAUCUAUCGACAUUAAGAGGUGGAUUGAGAUCGGAACCUGGUGGGCCUGAAAGUUUAGAGGGGAGUGGGGAUAAGUCGGGGAAGUGUGCUAAGACGUGCUACGCAACCAGUCAUUGUUCUGGAGAUGCCUAUCCUAUUGCAGCGGGCUCGCAAACGCUCUUUGUAAAUGCAUCCAUUAAAGGUGUGGAUGAGGAUUAUCCGUCGCACCUGGCAUGGCUGGUUGACAUUGACCUUCCAAGGGCGAGCUAA